UGAGUCCCGCGGCGGGUCUUCCGGGCGGUUGGUUGUCAACGCUGAGGCGAGGUGAGCCGUGAGGAGAAAAGGGGAGCCGACUGGAGCACGGGGCCACCUUCUCCCUGAUUUCCGAGCGGCAGGAGGUCGCCUCCCAGCACCCAGCGCGGCUCGCGCCUCGAGGGACAGGCUUCUGGGACGUUGUGGUGCGAGAGGCGCCGUCCUGUCCGGCGGAGCUGGAGCGGGGCUUCCGGCCUCCCUUCUCUUGGCGACAGGAUUCCCCCUGAAGUUCGGCGGCCCGGAUCUAGCGGGCUGUGUCUGCAGGUUCCUGAUAAGAAGUACUUUUUAGACUUCAAAAUUUCAGAAGAGAGGUGAAAGAGUGUACUGCAACUUUGAGUCAAGUUUAUAGGCAGGUGGACUGACAGACGGAUUAAGCUACAGGAGGUGACUUAUUGAGAAAAGUGACACGAACACUGGGGAAAAGCUGCUCUUCUGCACCAAGGGUGGGGAACAAUGUCACAACUUACAACCUCUUAUUCCUAUGAUGCUCCCACGGACUUCAUCAAUUUUACAUCUUUGAAUGAUGAGGAAGAUACCCAAAACAUAGAUUCCUGGUUUGAGGAGAAGGCCAAUUUGGAGAAUAAGUUUCCUGGAAAGAAUGGUACAGGAGGGCUUUUUCAGGGCAAAACUCCCUUGAGAAAGGCUAAUCUUCACCAAGAUUUCACACCUUUGAGACCAGUUGACAACACUUACAACAAAGAGGCGGAAAAAGAAAAUCUGGUGGAAGAGUCCAUUCCAUCAAAUGCUUAUUCUUCCGUAAAAGUCAAAGGAACCACAACAAGAAAUACUACAGCUCAGCCUCAGAGAAUGAGAGAAUUUAAGCCAUGUGUGGUAGAUCUGGGGAGGAGGGUAGAGCAGGAUAUGCUGCAGGGAACUGAGAGGAUGUUUUUUGUCCUUUUGAACUCAAGUUCUCAAAAUAAAAAGAAGGCAAAGGAAGAGGAAGAAAGCAAUGCUCAUCAAGAUAUUUCUGAAAAGAAUGAGUCUUCCCCAGAGAAAGCCAAGAGCAGGCAUACUGUGCCAUGUAUCCCACCUGUAAGGCAGAAGAUUCUACAAAGUACUGAGGAGCAAGAAUUAGAGAAGAGAAAAAAAAUGCAGCAAGAGGUGAUGGAGAUGCGGAAAAAGAAUGAAGAAUUCAAGAAAUUUGCUCUUUCAGGAGCAGGGCACCCUGUGAAGAAAUCGGUGAGUCAGGUAACCAAAUCAGUUGACUUCCACUUCCGCACAGAUGAGCGAAUUAAACAACAUCCUAAGAACCAGGAGGAGUAUAAGGAAGUGAACUUUACAUCUGAACUGCGAAAGCAUCCUCAAUCUCCUGCCCGAGUGGCUAAGGGAUGCACCAUUGUUAUGCCUUUCAACCUAUCCCAAGGAAAGAAAAGAACAUUUGAUGAAACAGCUUCUACGUAUGUGCCCCUUGCAGAGCAGGUUGAAGCCUUCCAUAAACGAACCCCUAACAGAUAUCACUUGAGGAGCAAGAAGGAUGAUAUUACUCUGUUACCCUCUAAAUCUGUGGCCAAAAUAUGCAGAGACCCCCAGACUCCCAUACUGCAAACCAAACAGCGCGCAAGGCCUGUGACCUGCAAAAGUGCGGCGGAUCUGGAGGCUGAGGAGCUCGAGAAACUGCAUCAAUACAAAUUUAAAGCACAGGAACUUGAUCCCAGAAUUCUUGAAGGUGGUCCCAUCUUGCCCAAGAAACCACCUGUGAAGCCACCCACUCAGCCUAUUGGCUUUGAUUUGGAAAUUGAGAAGAGGAUCCAGGAGCGAGAGUCAAGGAAGAAAUUGGAGGAUGAGCACUUUGAAUUUCAUUCCAAGCCUUGCCCUACUAAGAUCUUGGAAGAUGUUGUGGGUGUUCCUGAAAAGAAAGUACUUCCAAUCACUGUCCCCAAGUCACCAGCCUUUGCUCUGAAGAACAGAAUCAGAAUGCCCACCAAAGAAGAUGAGGAAGAGGAGGAGCCAGUAGUGAUAAAAGCUCAACCUGUGCCGUAUUUUGGGAUGCCUUUUAAGCCCCAAAUCCCAAUGGGAAGAACUGUGGAAAUAUGCCCUUUCUCUUUUGAUUCUCGAGACAAAGAACGUCAGUUACAGAAGGAGAAGAAAAUAAAAGAACUGCAGAAAGGGGAGGUGCCCAAGUUCAAGGCACUUCCUUUGCCUCAUUUUGACACUAUUAACCUGCCAGAGAAGAAGGUGAAGAACACAACUCAGGUUGAGCCUUUCUGCUUGGAGACUGACAGAAGGGGUGCUCUGAAGGCACAGACUUGGAAGCACCAGCUGGAAGAAGAACUGAAACAGCAGAAAGAAGCAGCUUGUUUCAAGGCUCGUCCCAACACCGUCAUUUCCCAGGAGCCCUUUGUUCCUAAGAGAGAGAAAAAAUCCCUCACUGAGGGCCUAGUUCAGGAAACUUUCCAGCUGGCCACUGAGAAGAGGGCCAAGGAGCGGCAGGAGCUGGAGAAGAGAAUGGCUGAGGUGGAAGCUCAGAAAGCCCAGCAGCUGGAGGAGGCCAGGCAGCAAGAGGAAGAGCAGCAGAAGGAGGAGCUAGCCAGGCUACGGAAAGAACUGGUGCACAAGGCAAAUCCAAUACGCAGGUACCAGGGUGUGGAGGUCAAGUCAAGUGACCAGCCUCUGACCGUUCCUGUAUCGCCCAAGUUCUCCACUCGAUUCCACUGCUAAACUCAGCCAUGAGCUGUGGACACCACCUGGGAACUGGAGCUGCUCUUUCCAUUAAACCAGGAGCCGUCUUUGUCACAGGGGCGUGGAGAGAAUCCAUUUCUCCAGGCUUUGCCCUGCCCAUGCCCGACAGAGCAUGCCUGACAAGUGUGGACUCCGAUUCCUUUGAGGGUUGUUUUCCUACAUUAUUGAGGCUAAUAAUGAGACUCAACUCACGUAUAUCUCAGCUGGACUCCAUGUAGUUGUUUCCUUUGAACCAUCAGUUGACCUUUUGUAUGGGUCCUAACUCUGACUAGAAUUUAAAUUCUCUGUAUUAGCACAGUGUUAUUUCUGUUGCCCUUACCCCUCCUUUUUUUUUUUUCUAUUUUAAUCAGAAAAUAAAGAUAGUUAAAUACUGAGACAGGAUUUAAGUCAUGGAUUAAAUGAGGAACCAUCAGUAGUAUAUCAGAUUCUUCUCUGCAAAAUGAAUUUAGAGUUAAGAAGCCCUUGGCUACAAGGGGGAAAGGCUCGUUAACUGCAUGACAAGGAAGAGAACUUAUUGACGGGGAACCUCACAUUGGCCAUCAGCAGGCUUCGGGUAGAGCUGCUUUUCAGGCACAUUCUUCCCUUUUUGGUGCUGAUGAUAACAAGGAAUGCUGAGUAGUGCACGUUUUAAGUCCUCCAGUGACCUGGACUGUAAUAAAUAUUUUUGUCUUCCUCUCCC